AUGGUUUCCGCGGGGUCGUCGACCAACGCGACCGUGCAAACGCUCGCAAAGUUCAAAUCAAACCCUCUGGCGCUGUGGCGAGGCUAUACGGCACUAGCCGGCAGAAACUUGCCCUUCACGGCGCUCCAGUUUCCAAUGUUCGAACGACUCAAGAUGGCGAUCCGCGGGAGUAGGGAUGCAAGGGGUAAAACGACGGGCACCAUUUUUGAAAGCGGCGUCAUCACCGCGGUGAGUGCGGGUACGGCGGGUGCAGUGGCGGCUGUAGUAACCACGCCGAUUGAUGUAGUAAAAACGAGGAUUAUGCUUGCCGCAGCGGAGGACGCCGUAAAUGAGGCUUCUGCGUCUUCGAAGCGGAGUCAGGGAAAAGGAGGAUCGGAGGGGCUGGUGGAUGCGAUCGGGAAGCAAGUCGAGUCGUCCAAGGACACGGUCAAAAGCGCCGCGAGGAAUCUGAAUCCUUUAAUCAGCCCUGAGAAGAAGGGCAAAAGAAGCGCUUGGAAGAUUGGCCAGGAGAUUGUGCAGGAGAAAGGAGCGAGGGGACUUUUCAGAGGAGGCGCGUUGAGAGGUAAACUUUCUACUCAUAGCCCAAGAUUUUUACCGCCAAGCGCUAGCGCUAAUACCUGCCUAGGAAUCUGGACCUUCGCUGGGGCUGGUCUAUAUUUGGGAGUAUACGAGAGCGGGAGAAUCUAUCUUGCGAGUAGGAGGGGGGAAGACGUGGACGAAGCGGACCUAUUGUGA